CCGGAGAAGCACGCCGACUCGUUUAACCGCGAGUAUUUCCACUAACCAAUUUUAUAGAAAAAAGUAUUCAGCGUUUUAACGUACAGAUUUAGAUCUGUGAACGCAGUUUGAGUGAUUUGCCAUUUGCACAUUGAAAAUCCAAAUUAGUGGAAUUGUUAACCAUAAAAUUCGGCAGAAAUGGGAAACGUACUAGCCGCUUCUGCACCUCCACCACCUCCACCGCCACCCCCGGCAUCGAGUGUGCUGCCGAAUUUAGGGAAGCCAGAUUCCUCCGCAGGCUUUUAUGCCCCCACUGAACUCCCGGAUCGCAUAGAAAAUCCAGGAACGAUCGAGGAUCUUCAUAAGAAGUGCAAAGAUGUGUUUCCUGUAAAUUUUGAAGGAGCAAAACUGAUGUUCAGUAAAGGGCUCAGUUAUCACUUUCAAAUUUCACAUACGAUAAAUAUGAGUUCUUUUGUUCCAUCGGGGUACAGGUUUGGAGCAACGUAUGUUGGUACAAAACAGCUGAUACCUAGGGAAGCUUAUCCUGUGUUAAUGGGUGACAUUGAUCCAAGUGGAAAUCUGAAUGCCAAUGUCAUGCACCAGUUUGGCCAAAGAUUGAGGGGGACAUUAGCAACCCAAGUACAAAAGAGUAAAUUUACUGCUGUACAGUUGACGACGGAUUAUCGUGGAGAUAGUUAUACAGUCUCUUUGACUCUAGGCAAUCCAGAUAUAAUUAAUGGUUCUGGUGUAUUUGUGAUGCAUUAUCUUCAAAGCGUAACACCAUCUAUAGCACUUGGUGGCGAAUUCGCGUAUCAACGUGGUUUACCAGGAGGUCAGAUCGCUGUUGUUUCAGCCGCCGGAAGGUAUACGAACGGAGAUUCCACGAUCACUGGAAGUCUAGGAAUGAACAGUUGUCAUGUAUGUUUUCAUCAAAAAGCUAGUCAACAGUUACAAGUCGGUGUAGAGUUAGAAAUUAACAGUAGAAUACAGGAAUCCACUGGAACAAUCGCUUAUCAAGUCGAUUUGCCUAAGGCCGAUUUAGUGUUCAAAGGAAGCGUCGACACAAAUUGGACAGUAAGUGCUGUUUUGGAAAAGAAAUUGCAGCCGUUGCCGCUUUCGUUCGCGUUAAGCGGUGCAAUGAAUCAUAGUAAACAACACUUUCGACUGGGCUGCGGUGUAAUAAUCGGUUAAGGAUAGUCUAGCAGUCGAGUAUCGAUUACGUAUGUGAUCUAGCCGAACGAUUGGAAGGGAAGCGACAAGAGUAUUUCGAGUUCUGUGCACUCCCCUUACGAGAAUGUAGUAAUUAGCGUCUUUAAACACCUGAACACCUCUCCUUUCUCCUUGUUGAUUACCUCAUCGACUCGCUGUCAUAUUUAUACGUUCGUUCUGUUUGUUUAUCUUUGAUUAAAGGGACACCGUACCAACAGGGUACUCUCAUCAUCUCCGCGUAUGUUCCUGCACUUUGUGGCAUGCAUUUUUCGCUGUCUUUGUUCGCGUACGGGUGAUAAAAUCAUUGCGUUAAAUUGUGCAAUUUCCCCCACCCCAGUGAUUGUCGUUUUCUUCAUUUUCAUACUAAUUACUAUGGUUGAUGUGUCAGGAGAUGUUGCAUGUCCAACAUCUGUACAUUCUCAUGGUCUCUGCGUGUACGAAUUUAUAGAGAUGCGUUUAUCAUUCGGCCAUCCUGGAAAAGUAACGCGGCGGCAAUCUUAUGUAAAUUUUCUAUGUGUAUAUAAGUCGGAAUUCGUUCGCGCGUAUACGCAUCAAAGUACAAGUGUAUGUACGUCCACGUUCAGAACCGUGUUUAAUAAUUGUUACAGGCAGCAUAGUGUCACUGGCACUCGAUUUUUGUUGCGUGGCAGAUUAUACGUGAAAUCGCGUUAUACGUGA